CGGAUCUUUCCCUCUUCCCCCUACUCUCUCAAAGCACUUCAUUAAACCUAGCUAACCCUUCCAAAUCCCAGUCCCCCUCAGUGCCUCACAAUCGUUCGAGCCGAAGUAGCGCCGCACGCUCGCAGACGGCUACGGAGAAGCUCGCCAAUGGCACCGUAGCAGCUCGCCAAUGGCACCGUAGCAGCUCGCCGAUGGAAUUGGAGCAGCUCACUGACGCACCGGAGCAUCUCGCUGCUACUGCUACAGCAACUCGCCGACGCAGGUCUGUUCCCCACACCGCUGCCACAGUCCGAUUGUGACGCCAACUUCAUCUUCUCUACACUUAUCGUUAUCUUUUUAUCAAGGGUGCUCUCAUCAUAAAACCUCCGAAGAAAUCUCUGGCAUUCUUUAGGUUGGCACUUAUAGUACUAGAAUUGGUGUUUGGUGUUUUUAUCUUCUUUGUCUGUCUAAACCAGUUUAAGAUUGCCAGAGAAGAUAAAGUGUUGAAUUUUGAAGUUGUAAAUCACCUUGACGUUGAUAGAUCUCAAAUUCCCUAUUUACACUACCCAAAGCCAAAAACUUUCAGCAGGGAUGAAGGUGCCUGUAAUCCUGUUCGUUUCUUUGUCAUUUUGACAAAGGACUGGGAGUGGAUGGUUUGAGACAUUAUUGAAUAGUCACAAGAAUGUAAGUUGCAAUGGUGAAAUAUACUCCAUUAAAGAAAGGAGGGAUAAUUUUCUUCAAUUGUGGAGACUCUUGAUAGAGUUUACAAUCAAGACUGGUUCACUACUGCAUUAAAGAAUCAAUGUUCAGUUGUCUUGAAAUGGAUGCUUAAUCAGGUAUGGAUACGAAUGCUAUGGAAAUUGCACAACUUCUCUUAUGUUUAGAGUAUUUGAAAGAAGAAGAUGAAUUUUUAGAUAUGAUUACUUGUGUAGCAAGCUGCAUGGGUUCUUAUUUUGUGAAGCAUCUCUACAAAGAACCUUGCAUGAGUUCUUAUUUAACAGGAGAGAAGUGGAUGGAUGAGUUAUUGACUGGUCAUGAUAAGAGGUGUUUUAACGCCUUUAGAAUGCACCAAAAAACAUUUCGUGAAUUAUGCUUUGAUUUAGAAAAUAGAUAUGGUUUGAGAUCAUCAUAUAAGAUGUCUGUUUUGGAAAAGGUUGGUCUAUUUAUGUACUCAGUAAGGGAGCUUCUAAUAGAGAUGCUCAAGAGCGUUUUCAACAUUCUGGUGAAACAGUCAGUAGAAUUUUUAAGAAAGUUUUGAAUGCAAUGGAUGGAUUUUCAAGGGAUUUACUUGUACCUAAAGAUCCAGAUUUCAAGGACAUUCCACUAGAUUUCAAGGACAUUCCACUACAAAUUGCUACUGAUGAUAGAUAUAUGCCUCAUUUUGAGAAUUGCAUCGGAGCUAUUGAUGGUACACAUAUUGCAAUAACAGUUCCCGAAGAGGACCAAUUGCGUUACAGGGGGAGGAAAGGGAUUCCAACUACAAAUGUGUUAGUGGUGUGUGACUUUGAUCUGCUAUUCACUUAUGUUUUAACAGAUUGGGAGGGAUCAGCCCACGACUCUCGCAUUUUUCUAGACGCAAUCAAUAACCCAACUCUCAAUUUUCCGAAACCACCUAGAGGCAAAUAUUACUUGGUUGACAAAGGUUAUCCAGAAAGAGAUGGAUAUUUGACUCCUUACCCCAAGAUAAGGUACCAUCAAUCUGAAUUUGGUGGUGCACAUCCUAGAGGAGCUCAAGAGGUAUUUAAUAGACCACAUUCAUCCUUAAGAAGUUGUAUUGAAAGAGCCUUUGGUGUUCUUAAGGCUCGAUGGAAGAUAUUGCAAAAAAUGCCAAGAUACUCAUUAAUGGAUCAAAAUAAGAUAAUUUGUUCGUGCUUCGCAUUGCAUAACUACAUUAGAAGGAGCUCAAUUGGCGACCCGGGUUUUAGAUUUCUUGAUGAGGAUCCUGAAUUCAUACCUCCGGAUGUAUUUGAAGAUGUUGAAAGAAACGCUACACAAAAUGACAUGAAUAAUAGAACUCAAGAGAUGAGAGUUAUACGUAGUAGUAUCACAUCAAGUUUGAUGCAAGCUAAACGCACUCGCAAUUGAUUUUGUGGGUAUUUAUUUUAUUUUUAGUUAACAUAAGUACGUUAUGGUAUUUUUUGUGAGAUACACUUUGGCACUUGUUCAUGUUUAUUGGCAUGCAUGUUUUUUGGAAUGUAAAUUCACAUUAUUCAAAUUAAUACAGAAUGUUUAUUUUAUUUUAUUUUUAUUUUUCAUGAAGUUUUA